AUGGCAGCGGUGGCGGCAGUGGUGGCCGCGGCAAUGGUGGCCGCCGCCGCCCCCGAGCCGCCACACAUCCACGGCUUCUCUCUGGCCGAUGUGCAGCUGGCAAGGGGCAGCGAGUACGCCCGCAACUUUGAGCAGAACAGCGAGUACCUGCUGGCGCUGGAGCCAGACCGCCUGCUGUACAACUUCAGGAAGACGGCCGGCCUGCCCGCCCCUGGCGCCUCGUACGGCGGGUGGGAGUGGUCGGGGGUGGAGAUCAGGGGGCACUUUGUGGGGCACUACCUGUCUGCCCUCGCCCUGGCCACCCUCCACUCAGGGCGCCCCGAGCUGCGGGAGCGCUGCGGUGUGAUGGUAUCUGAGCUAAAGAAAGUGCAGGAUGCUGCGGGCACUGGCUACCUGUCCGCCUUCCCCGAGAGCCACUUUGACCGGCUGGAGGCGUUGCAGCCGGUUCACAAGAUCCUGGCAGGCCUGCUGGACCAGCACCGCCUGGUGGGCACAGCGGGCGCUCUGGGCGCGGCGCGGCGCAUGGCAUCCCACUUCUGCGCCAGGGUGCGCGCCGUGGUGGCCGCCAACGGCACCGACCACUGGCACCGCGUGCUGGAAGUAGAGUUUGGCGGCAUGAACGAAGCAUUGUACAACCUCUACGCCAUCACCAAGAGCCCAGAGCACGCAGAGUGCGCCCACUUCUUCGACAAGCCCGCCUUCUUCCGCCCGCUGGCGGAGGGGCGCGACCCGCUGCCCGGCCUGCACGCUAACACGCACAUGGCGCAGGUGCCUGGCUUCACGGCGCGGUAUGAGCUGCUGGGGGAUGGCGAGGCGCAGGUGGCGGCGGCCACCUUCUUUGGCACCCUGCUGCAGCACCCUCGGGACUGCGAGCGAUGCGAGCGCCCCAAGUCGGUCUGCCUGUGCUCCUGCCUGCCUGACGAGCCGCUGGCGCUGGCUGGCAGGGUCACCGUGCUGCAGCACCCAUUUGAGCAGAAGAAGCGGCUGGCCACGGGGCCGGUGCUGCAAAAGUGGCGGCGGCGGCCUCAAGUGGUCUAUUUAAUGUCGUAG